AUAGGGUCAAAUGAGCAAGGGCAAAUAAGUCAAGUUAUACUUCAUUUAACACCGUUAAAUGUCCUUCACGGAACAUGGUUGAUCAGUUGCUUCAUUUUUUAAAAAGAGGGUUAAAUCUGCAAAGUUGAAAAGAAGGUUCAAUUCCGUAGUUCGCCUUGAAAAUAGGAUCAGUUAUGCAAUUGCCCUUUUACAAAACUACUAGCCUACUAGUAGUAUAUGAGUGUAACUUUCAUUUAAUUCAUGGUCUAUAGUGCAAGGGAGAUAAUAAUUGUCUCAGAUCUUAUACAUGCCCUUUAGGUUUACUAGAACCAACCUUUAAUAUCAUUUUUUUCUGUACUCGAAUGAUUCUUAUCCUUUUAACUCACAGUUGUUUUGCUUGCUUCAAGUCUUCAAGAUUGGAUAUUUUCUAGUGAGAUUAAGACCGGAUAUUUUUAUUGCCCACUGAUUAUGACAGCGCUAUAAUUUAGGAAGCACACUACAAAUCUUUUGCGACGUGUCUACAAUUGUAACUUUCUUGUCUUUGCAGUUAGUUUGAUCAAGUCCAAGUUUCUACCUGGAAUGACUGAAUAAUUUACUUCAAACAUACUUUUGCUGAAGAUAGAAAAUCCAUAAUGCUUUUUAGUUCUACACUUUCUCUGCAAAGUUCUAAAAUGAUUUCCAUUUUCCAUUCUAUUAUUUACACAUCCACUAUUUCAUUAUACUGCCCCAUGUUCCUAUAAUGGCUCCACAAUUUUUCUUUUGAAAUGGGCUACACAUACAUUUUAGUACUGGACAUGCUGAAGUGUUCCUUUCUGCUUUGGUCAUCUUUUCAUCCUACUCUUGUUUAAUGUUGUUACUUUCAAGGAGUAUGAGCCAAGCAUGGUAGCAUGCAAUAUGCUAGCACCUUUUUGUUUGAUAAGCAUUUCGCAUUUUCGCUCAAGGUUUUGUUGUUAUCCAACAUGAACAAAUUUGCAGUGUGUGGAUGCAGAUUGAUUUUCCAGUUUGCUUCUUCGGUUGGGACCCAUGCAAUUCUCGAGUCCUCACAAUGUGAGCUUCCUGCCCUGGGGUUGAUCAAGUCAAUGCAGAUGCUCCAUCUCCCACCCUCCAUCCAAACCCCACCCCCAGCUCCACACCCUCUCCGUUCCUCUGCCUUCUCCUGCAGCCCCCGUGCUCGCCGGCUCAUUGGUCCUCCCCCAGCCUUUGCCUCUGCCGAGUUCCCCGGUUCAGUUCCAGACAGUGCUCAGAUGCCACCACGGCGGCGGCGCCGCCGGAGUGUGGCUGGCAUCGACCAGGAUGAUCUCCUUGACCCGGACGCCCUUGCCGACCCAGACAGCAGCUUCUACGAGAUCAAUGGCGUCAGGGUCCACCACAAGGUUUGCAGCCAUGAGGAUUCCAGCGACCAAUCUCUUGACUCUGCCAUCACAAAUGCUGACCAAAACCGAAUUGGUUUGCCAAUACUGCUAUUGCAUGGUUUUGGCUCUUCAGUUUUCUCCUGGAACCACAUCAUGCGCCCUCUAGCCCGCAUUGCUGGUGCCAAAGUUCUUGCCUUUGAUCGGCCUGCUUUUGGUCUGACGUCCCGGACCAUCUGGUCUGCUGAUGACACUAAACCUCUCAACCCCUACUCCAUGGCCUUCUCAGUCAUGGCCACAUUGGCAUUCAUUGACCAACUUGGUACCAACAAGGUUGUCUUUGUCGGGCACUCAGCUGGUUGCCUUGUAGCAGUGGAUGCAUACUUAGAGGCGCCAGAAAGGGUAGCUGCACUUGUGCUGGUUGCACCAGCGAUUUCCGUGCCAGUUUUCAAGAGGAAAGGUGUGAAGGAGUAUGGUUCAGCUGAACAAGAAUGGCAGAAGAAGAACGAUUCUAGUGGCUCAAAUUUGCCUACAAAUUCAUUCAAUAGGAUCCGGGAAGGAUUCCUUGAGCUAUGCUUGCGCACUGCAGGGUUUCUUAUGAAUACGAUUAGCGCAAUAGGUGGCCUGAUUCGAUCUCUGUAUUGUAAAGCUGCUGUUGCUGUUCUUCAAUCAUCAUUAGGAGUGAUGCUGGUAAGAUUGAUCAUGGAUAAAUUUGGUAUAUUGGCUGUCCGCAAUGCAUGGUACGACCCAAGCAAAGUGACUGAUCAUGUCAUUCAAGGUUACACUAAGCCAUUAAGAUUCAGAGGAUGGGAGAUGGCUCUUUUGGAGUACACUGUAUCCAUGAUCAUGGAUUCUACAUCCACAUCAAAAGUGCCAAUCUCAGAGAGGCUUUCUGAGAUCUCAUGCCCAGUGCUAAUCGUGAGUGGAGACACUGAUCGCCUUGUUCCUCGUUGGAACACCGAGCGCGUAGCACGUGCGAUACCUAGUGCAGAAUUUGAGGUGAUCAAGAAUUGUGGUCACUUGCCCCAGGAGGAACGACCUGAAGAAUUCGUGUCUGUUAUUGAAAGGUUCCUAAGAAAAGCUUUUGGAAGAGCCAACGAACAAGAUCAAGUGUUCCAAGCAGCUGUAUGAAAUCAGUGUCCCAGUACGUACAGAAGCAGAUGAGAGUUGGACUUGAAACUUGAGAUACAAGAGUGGUUUGAGUGAAAGAGGAAAAAACAUGAUAAGCAUGCCGAAUUGGUCAUGUAGUAGCAGUAUACCUUUAUGUAUAUAUAUAGGAAAGUAUAUAGUGAAGAACUCACUGGAUUGCCCUUUUUUUCUCAUUUUGUGUGAAAUUAGAGCUCCAUAUAUCACAUAUGGUGUUUUCAGAAACGAAUUCAUCUCUGUUGUAUGUUGCUGGAAACCUGCGGUGCACGUAUGUGUUGAUUCAGAGAGAAUCGACUUGGUGGUUUACCAUUACUUACAGGAUAUAGGGGCUAGCAACAAAAUCCAGUUUGAUACUUUGAUGAUAAUCCCAGCAAGGAGCAUACACACAGUUGAUUCAGACAAUGCAUUUGUUCCUCUGAUU